CAAGAGCAUGCAGACAUUUUUCGCCCCCAACAGUUUCAUUUACAAGAAGCGUAACUGAAACAGGUUUGAGGAGCUGUCGACGGCUGCAUGGAACUGUGUUAACAGUCUAGCAAACCCAAGUCUCUUUGGUCAAACGCAGGCUGAUCAACCCUGGAUUGUCACCUGUUUGGAGACUUUACACACUAACUCCGUCAAGGGGUUGUCGAGGUGAUGGAGGCAAAGGAACACUGGUUCUUGCAAGGAUUUCUGCUUCUUGCUAUGGUAAUAGCUCAAGGGGCAACUAUUAAAUGUCCUUCUAGUCCUCUGUGCUACAAGAAAACUGAAAGUGCCACCAUCUAUACAUGUGAAUGGGAGACAUCUGAAUCUAUGAAGAAUGCAACUUAUGAGCUUUUUUACAGCCGCUCCAAUUCCGCUGCAAGUAGAACAUCGCUGGGCAGUAGUAGGAAGAGCUAUAUCUGUGUGCAAGACAAUACAGUGCUCAACAAAGUGUUGGUGGAUAUAUGGGUGGUCGCUUACAUGGGCAACUGGAGCUGCCGGUCACUCAAUACCACUGUUACACUUUCUGAAAGAGUUAAAUAUGAAGCUCCCCAACGUAUGUCUAUGGCAAGAUCCUCGAGUAAUCUUACCCUCAGCUGGGAUAACAAGAAAGAUGCUGUCAUAGAGGUCAAGUUCAGAAGACUAGAGGAAACCUCAGGGACAUGGAAGACAUUUAAGAAAGAAGUCAAACAAGCCAUGGUCACGCUGGAGAAUCUCCAGAACAAAUCUGUGUACCAACUACAGGUCAGACAAAUGUCCAAGCAUGUCAAACAUCCCCUGUGGAGCGACUGGACUCCAAUCCUGGACGUUCCCACUGAAAUCCCAAAUCCCCCAGAAGUUAACUGGACAGUAGAGGAUUUUAACAAUGGUACUCGACUACUCAAGCUGACUUGGGGUACACCACCUUAUCCAGUCUCUAUGCAGGUGAAUUACAACCUCUCUCUCCAUAUUUGGCCAUGCCUACUAAAGCGAACGAACUUCACCAUUGUCACUACCACUGAGUUCAGUGUUUAUGUGACUUACUCUGCUGUCAGUGGCGACAUUAUUGCCUUUAAUAAAGUGGGAAAGUCAUCCCGGACACAUAUCCUUGUCCCAGCAAAACAUAUUUCAUUUCCUUGCAAGUCUUGGCCUAAUGACAGACUCAUCCCACUCAAGUAUGCGCAUGGCUUUAUGAAAUCCUGCCUGGAGUGGUACAAGUCAACAGACGGAGAAACGCGACCAGAAAAAGUGAAAAGAUCAAAACUAAAUGGAACCGUGAAGAAAAAACUAAAACAUGUUAGAGAAAAGAUGGACGACUAUGUACGUUACUAUUACCUUGUUCACAAACAAACUGAUGGAAAGCCACAAUCAACAGAGACGUGUCUCAUGUAUAAAAGGGAGGGUGCACCCAGUAAGGCACCUGAUCAUUUCACUGCUCCUAUUCUUAAUGUUACAACCAAUUCUGCAAUGCUGCAUUGGAAACCUAUUCCUGUGCCAGACCAGCGAGGUUUCCUUACACACUAUGAAAUCUGCUACACAAUGAGAAGCCAAAACAAUGAGUCACAAAUUGAAUCUGAGUGUCUCAAGAGCUUUGCAUCAAAAACAGAGUAUCUUGUUCAAAACCUGACACCUGGGUCCAUCUACAACAUCCAUCUCGCUGGAGCAACAGCUGCAGGUUUAGGACCAACGACAACUAUCGAAAUCAUGACAAAGCCUCUACCCCAGUCCGUUAUUGGUUGGAUCAUAGCUGGCAUAAUUGCAAUAUUAAUAACAGUAUGCUUGUUCAUCAUCAAGAGACAUAAAAAAAAUAUCUUCCCACCAAUACCACGUCCUGUGGUCGUAGAGUCGGUGAAUUAUCGAGCGAGGAAUCAGAGUAUGCAUGAGAAGGAGGAGGUGCAUGAGCUGCAGCUAUAUGACAACUGCAGCCAAGACCCCAACCCCGAGGAAGCCACUGUCCUGGAGGUGUCUGAGACAUACGAGUGUGAAGACACGGACGAGAAGUGCCUGGGAGACUCCAGCACCCCAGUCAGUGACCCGCUGAGCCCUGAUUACAAGGCCCAGGUGCUACGUCUAGAAACCCCUGAUUCAAGCCAAGGAGAGAUUGACUGUUUGGUCACCAUGUUGAUGUACAGGAACGGUCUGGUCUUUGAUAUGAAAGCAUACUCCACCGAGGAUGUCGGGAUCCAACUUUAGACAUCACUGCUGUAGCACUCGCUCGAAGCCUGUAAUUAUAAUAUAUGACCCCCUUAUUAUGGUGUAUUGUCACUUUCUAUUGGUCCUGACUAAAUAACAGCCAUCUUGAGUCAGUUGAGAAAAUUGACAUAUUAUAAGCCUUAUAAUACAUUAUAAAGGCUUAUACUUGUUUCUAACAAGUUAAAAAGCGUAUCUGCAUCCUUUAAGUAAAGUGUUAGGCAACACUGCCAGAGAGUUUGCAUUGAUGUAUUUCUUUAACAUUUGAUUAAACUUAUUUUCUUGACAAUAAGCAAAAACAGGCAAAAACCAGACAACUUAAUUUACAUACAUUUCCACAAACAUUAGUGGCAUCACACUUGCUCAGACCCACAUGUUCCCACACAAACAACGAGGUGUAAUGGGUUGGUACUCAAAAAGAUGUCGCAUAAAGCUUACAGUACUUCAUUA